AUGGCCGCAGGGGGGGAAAAGGCGGCAGCAGCAGCUGCUGCAGCAGCAGCAGCAGCAGCUGCUGCUGCUGCUGCUGCGGAACCCUCCAUAGAAGACCACCCGCUGUUCCUGACGCGCGUUCCCACUUCAGCAGAGUUCAAGAAAAACCAUUUGCUGUCAGCCCUGGCGGCGCUCAUUGACGAAGACGAUCCUCAGCAGCAGCAGCAGCAGCAGCAGCAGCAGCAGCAGCAGCAGCAGCAGCAAGGGCCCUUUCGCCGGCAGCGCCGUAGAGUGCGCCCCGCGCCUUGGGGGGCCGGACCUGCUGCUUCGGCGAGUGGGGCUUCAGGGGUUCCGCAGCAGCAGCAGCAAGCAGCAGCAGGCAGCAGCUGUGGAGAAAAUGCUGCAGGCUGCGGCGGUGCUGCUGCUGCAGCAGCAGCUGCUGCUGCUGCUGAAGCUGACUCCGCAGCAGCAGCAGCUGCUGCUGCUCGAGAGGCAGAGCUUGGAGGGAGCAGGCAAGAGGACGAGGCCAUGGAUUGGGACGCAGCAGCAGAAGCGGAAGCAGCAGCAGCAGAAGAAGCAGCAGCAACAGGAGAAGCAGCAGCAGAAGCAGCAGCAGCAGCAGCAGCAGCAGCAGCAACCGACAGCCUCGCGACGCCUUCUAUGGGCGAGCUGCAGAUCUGCAUGCGUCUGUUCUCGAUGAAGUGA